CUCUGCAGUUAUUCGAUCUUUAGAGCAAGGAGUGAAGAAAGCAGCUACAGACCCUGCUGUGAAAGCUGUUGUGAUUUGUGGGGAGAAUGGGAAAUUCAGUGCAGGUGCUGAUAUUCGAGGGUUUUCCUCCUUUCCAGCAGGAGACAGCCCCAGUCUGACAUCAGUCAUUGACCUAAUAGAGAAAAGCGAAAAGCCUGUGGUGGCUGCUAUUGAAGGCAUGGCAUUAGGAGGAGGACUGGAAGUGGCAUUGGGCUGUCACUACAGGAUUGCACAGGCACAGGCCUGGGUAGGUCUUCCAGAGGUCACCCUUGGGAUACUUCCAGCUGCUGGAGGAACCCAGAGACUCCCCAGACUGAUUGGGGUCCCAGCCGCACUUGAUAUAAUCACCACAGGGAGACGGGUGCUGGCUGCUGAAGCGCUCAAGCUGGGCAUCAUUGAUGAAAUUGUGGAAGGAAACACAAUUGAGGCAGCAAUUCACUUGGCAAACAAAGUGUCAGGUCAGCCAUUAAAUCCUCGCAGACUCAGUCUGAAGCAAGUUCAAAGUCUGCCCAACAUGGACACCAUUUUCCGUGAGGCUCUUGAGAAGGUGAAAAAACAGGCCCGGGGGUUUCUGUCUCCGGAGUUGUGUGUCCAAGCCGUCAAGGCCUCUGUUCAGCUGCCCUUCACAGAGGGGAUUUGGAAGGAGAGAGAGUUUUUACACUACCUGGUGACCUCGGGCCAAGCCAAAGCAAUGCAGUAUGCAUUCUUUGCACAGAGAGCAGUACAGAAGUGGACAACACCAUCUGGAGCUUCCUGGAAAACUGCCUCAGCUCAGCCCAUCCGGAAGGUGGCUGUGAUAGGGCUGGGAACAAUGGGCCGGGGCAUUGUGAUUUCUCUGGUGAAGGCCAAGAUGUCCGUAGUAACUCUAGAGCAGGACCAGAAACACCUGGAGAUAGGAAGAAGAGCUGUGACAUCCCUUCUAGAACACGAGGCUUCGAAAAUGCAGCGCAGUGGCCAAAGCCCGGAUGCUUGUGACCCUGCCCAUGUCCAGUUCACUGUGGACUUUGGUGUGUUACAGGAUGUAGAUCUAGUUAUUGAGGCUGUGUUUGAGGACAUGGCACUGAAGAAGGAGAUCUUCCGUAAGGUGUCAGCAGUCUGCAAACCAGAGGCCUUCUUGUGCACUAACACUUCAGCCCUGGAUAUCGAUGAGAUUGCUGCAGUCACCAGCCGCCCUCAGCAGGUCGUUGGUACUCACUUCUUCUCACCUGCCCAUGUAAUGAAGCUGUUAGAAAUAAUCCACGGUCGUCACACAUCGCCCACCACCAUUGCCACGGCCAUGGGUUUAGCCAAAACUAUAGGCAAAAUAGGGGUUGUAGUAGGAAAUUGCUUUGGAUUUGUUGGGAACAGAAUGAUGGCUCCUUACAUUGAACAGGCAGUUUUCCUCUUAGAAGAAGGCUGUAAACCAGAAGAAGUAGAUCAAGCUCUUGAGGGAUUUGGUUUCAAUAUGGGGCCCUUCCGACUGUCAGAUCUUGCUGGGCUUGAUGUGGGCUGGAGAUCUCGGAAAGGGCAGGGCCUGACGGGACCUGGACUGGCUCCAGGAACUCCUGCUCGUCUGCGUGACAGGAGGAGAUACAGCCCACUGCCCGAUCUUCUGUGUGAAAAUGGAAGGUAUGGGCAGAAGACUGGCAUGGGCUGGUACCAGUAUGAGAAACCAGGGGCUAGAAUAGCUAAUCCAGAUCCAUGGCUUCACAAUUUCCUGCGUGAUUAUAGAGAUGCCCAUCACAUUCAGGCACGCUUUAUAGACCAGGAGGAGAUCCUGGAGCGCUGUCUAUAUGCCCUCAUCAACGAGGGCUUUCGGAUCUUAGACGAUGGAAUAGCUUGUGCCCCAGAAGAUAUUGAUGUCAUCUAUAGCCAUGGCUAUGGAUGGCCAAAGCACAGAGGGGGGCCCAUGUUCUAUGCUUCAGACAUUGGGUUACCUCACAUUCUGGCUAAACUGCAGAAAUAUUCUGAGGCCCAUCCUGACAUUCCUAGAGUGCAGCCCAGUGCAUUUCUGAAGAAACUGGUGUCCAUAGGAAGCCCUCCCCUGAAGGAGUGGAUGUCCCAUGCAGGACACCGGAGCAGUAAGCUGUGAAUGUCCCUGCUGCACACAUUCGGCCACUUGUCUAGUGGCAGCAGAUAUCACUCUCUGCUGUAAUCAGUGAGGUCUGCUCCAAUCAAACCCAAAGCACUGCGGGUCGAAGAAUAACGUCUUGGUGUCUCAGCCGAGUGGAAUAAUUACUCCCUCCAAUAGUAGUUGCUGUCACUUGGCUCCCUCUGCCCUGGCUAGCAGAAAUAACUCCCCAGUGUAGACUGGGGCUAAAUGGGCUCAAGAGCUCUGCUGAUAGGAGUUGUGCUGUGAGGCUUCAGCCAGAGAAAAGAACAGGAAAAGAAAUAUUUGCUUUUGUUUUUUGAACUUGGCAUGGAGGAGCAGGGACUCCUAUGGCUCUUGUGUGAAGAGUACAGCUGAGGGGGGAGGGGGAGGCUCCAGAACACACAGCUUCUCUUCUUGGGAAAAGCCAUGUCUGAAAUCUGACUCUGCUUUCUGUAUCAUUAAUUUUUAAUAAAAAUUAUUUUCAUUUUCA